AUGUUCGCACGACCUUAUGUCUCGUCGAUCUAUAAUCGACCUGCAGCGAUUCGGCUCCUAAGACAGCCACAGAGCCACUAUCUCCAUGCGUCGUCACCAUUGGGUCUCCCGCGGCGGAAGGACUUCUUCUCCUCGAAUGCAUUUCUGGCUCAAAAGCACCCCGCGGGAGCCGAUGCUGCCGAAGCAUCGCAAGAGUCUCAAAAACAGCGCAGAAGAGGCGCAAGAUCACCCGCUGCACCAACAUCCCUACGACGGGUAGCGGUGGAAGCGCAGAGAUCGAAGGACAGUUUCAAGUCCAGAGCACAGUUGAGGGAGGCCGGACUGUUGCAGACAAAGACAAUCACUGCGUACGCUGUAGCCGAACAGUUCAACAUUCGCAAAGCGAGAGAGAUCCUUCAGGAAAAAGGAUACGAGCCCGAUCCUCUCGGAACCGGUCUAUACCCUCAGGUCGUCCACGUUCAAGUUCCGUUAGACUCUAUACGCCGAGUGAGCAACCCCAGCGCGGAGGGACUUUCUCCGGAUGAGGUUGGCGACAUAUUCGUUUUCCCCUCGGGCACGGUUGUAGCAUGGGCACUUCCUGAAGGGUUUACGUCGUUCUUGGCGACCAGGACGUUACUCCCCGCGGCAGAGGGAGCGCAUGUUGAUAACCUGGAAACCGAGGAUCUGGAGUAUGUCGAAGAUGCGCAGCGCGAGAACAGCAGCAUCCACGGCGACACCAUCAUUUUGGGAACCAAGCCUAGUGAUGCGGCGCUUGCGCCACAGUCUGCAAGUCAUCAGUCUGUGGAUACCGUCCUGACCAAGGUUGCCUUUUCUUCUGGUCUGGCGCGCAGCACCAAACUGGCAGUGCUGGAAACGCUGCUGUCCAGCUAUUUUGAGUCUACGCGGACGAUCCCCACCCUUAUGUCUCAGGGAUCUCGCCUCCCCUAUACUCGAGACUUCAUUCUCCGAAAGACGGGACAACUACUGAGCGUUCGCGCCCAGUUGAACCUGUACUCGGAGCUAACCGACUCACUUCCUGAUAUUUUCUGGGACAGCCGACAUGAGCUUGGCCUGGAAGGGUACUACGAGCAGGUUGGUAGAGCUUUGGACGUCGGAAUCCGCAUCAAGCUGCUCAAUGAGAAGAUGGACUAUGCGCAAGAGAUUGCCAGCGUCCUCCGGGAAAGGUUGAGCGAGACACACGGCCUCCGACUGGAAUGGAUUAUCAUACUUCUCAUCGCUGUUGAGGUUGGAUUCGAGGUCUUGAGGUUGUGGAAAGAGCGAGCGCAAGAGCAAGCUUCUGCAACUGAAGAGGCUCAGAAGGCGUGA